AUGGAAUUUCUUGAACAUCACUGCCUUCCCCACUGGAAUACAAGCUGCUCUCUUGACUUUAAUUUGAAUUAUGUCAAUGUAUUCUUGUUCUUGUACAUAUCUGCGAUCUCUGUGCUGACGGUGUGUGGAAAUCUACUUGUCAUCAUCUCUAUAAUGGUUUUCAAGCAGCUUCGUACACCAACCAACCUCCUCAUCCUCUCACUGGCCUUUUCGGACUUCUUGGUGGGAGUCUGCGUGAUGCCGGUUGAAAGCAUCAGGAGCAUUAACUCCUGUUUUUAUAUGGGAAAGUCACACUGUCGUAUCUUUCAUAUGAUUAUGUCUAUUCUUGGGUCUGUGUCACUCAUUAAUAUCAUGCUUGUAGCUAUGGAUCGUUAUUUUGCUGUAUGUGAGCCACUCAUGUAUAUGUCCAAAAUGACAGUUAGAAAAACACUGAUGUGCAUAAGUUUAGGAUGGUCUGUGUCCAUCUGUUAUAAUUUAAUUCCAAUGGAUUUGGGAAAUUCAAACCUGACAGGAACAAUUGUCUUUUGUUUAAGGGAGUGUGCCGUGGCUGUCAGCAACGCUUGGGGUCCAGCUGACUUGAUAGUGAGCUUCAUUACUCCAUGUAUACUGAUGUUAAUUCUGUAUAUAAGAAUUCUCACUGUCGCCUUGAGACAAGCUAAAGCCAUUGCCAAUGCUUCAAAGAAAAGGGCAUCUCAGAAAAAUCCAAAAGCAUUCAGAAAAACAGAGGUGAAAGCAACAAAAACAUUGAGUAUAAUUGUCUUGGUGUAUUUCAUUUGCUGGGUUCCCUGGUAUAUAAGUAUGCUUAAUAUGAAACAAUUUCAAAAGUCGUCUUUGAUCCUUUCUGCUUUACUGUGUUUGUUUUACACUAAUUCAUGCAUCAAUCCCUUUAUAUAUGCAAUAUCUUACCCCUGGUUCAAAAGGUCAGUGAAGCUUGUGCUUAGCUUAAAAAUACUGCAGACAGCAACUAACCAGAUUAAUUUAUUUUCUGAAGACUGUUAA